AUGGUUAUUGCAACAAACUUAGGUUUUCCUCGUAUGGGUGCUAAUCGUGGGUUAAAAACACUUGUUGAGGGCUUCUGGUCUGGAAAAAAUAACGAAACUACUCUUCUUGAUGAUGCAAAGAAACUUCGUGAAGAACAUUGGUUACUCCAAAAGAAUGCUGGUCUUGAUCACAUUCCGUCUAAUGAUUUUUCCUUCUACGACCAAGUGGUCGACCACUCUUAUGCUUUUGGUGUCAUCCCUGCCCGGUAUAAAAAUCUCAAUCCUGGACUUGAAACCUAUUUUGCUAUGUGUAGAGGUCUUCAAAAGCCAGGAGUUGAUGUUGCUGCUUGUGAAAUGAAGAAAUGGUUCGAUACAAACUACCACUACAUUGUCCCCGAAUUUGAACCAAACCAGGAAUUCACUCUCAAUUCCGCCAAAAUCAUCAACGAGUACAAAGAGGCUAAGGCUUUGGGUAUUGAAACUCGUCCAGUGAUUUUGGGCCCAGUCACUUACCUGCUUCUUGGAAAACCAACAAGAGAUGCCCCUCAAGGAUUUGAACCAAUUCAGUUACUGAGCAAACUCAUUCCUUUGUAUGAAAAAUUACUAUCUGAAUUGGCUAAUGCCGGGGCUACAUGGAUCCAAAUGGAUGAGCCAUACUUAGUACUCGAUCUUCCCUCCACCUUCAAGAAAGAAUAUGCUUCUGCCUAUAAUGCACUUACCAAGGUGUCUGCCCAGUUGAAAAUUUUGGUUGCAACAUAUUUUGAUCACAUUGGUACCAACCUUGAUUUCAUUAUCGACACUCCCAUAAAUGCAAUUCACAUCGAUCUGGUCCGUGCUCCCGGACAAUUGGAACCAAUUUUGAAACGGUUACCUGCAACUGUUUCCCUCUCUCUUGGGUUGAUCAAUGGACGUAAUAUUUGGUUAGCCAAUUUGGAUGCUGUUUUGGCUGAAGCUCAGAAAGCUGUUACUGCUCUUGGUUCUGAACGUGUUUUCAUAGCACCAUCUUGUUCUCUUUUGCACACUCCUCAUUCAAUCCAAGGUGAGAAGAAAAUAGAUUCUGAAAUUUUGGGUUGGUUAUCUUUUGCUGUCGAAAAGAUCAAAGAAGUGGUAACCAUCUCUAGUGUGUUGGCUGAUGGUGAUCAGACAAAGCUUGAGGCUAACCGCAAAUUAGUCCAAGCCCGUAAAACAUCAUCACGUAUUCAUAAUCCUGUUGUGAAGCAGAGAAUGAAGGAACUCACUCCUGAUAUGUUCAAACGUAAAUCUGUUUUCAGCGAAAGACAAAUUAAACAAAAGCAAAAAUUAAAUCUUCCCUCCUUCCCAACAACCACUGUUGGAUCUUUUCCCCAAACAAAAGAAGUUCGUGCUAUCCGUGCUAAGCUCAAGAAAGGUUCUGUAGAUCAAUCACAAUAUGAUAGUUUCAUCAAGGAAGAAAUUGAGAAAUGUAUUCGCUUCCAAGAAGAAAUUGGUAUAGAUGUUCUUGUACAUGGAGAAUUUGAACGUAAUGACAUGGUGGAAUUCUUUGGAUAUGUUAUUAGUCAGAAUGGUUGGGUUCAAUCUUAUGGGUCACGUUGCAUUAAACCACCUAUUAUAUUUGGAGAUGUUUCUAGACCAAAAGCCAUGACAUUAGAAAUUAUUAAAUAUGCUCAAUCCUUAACCAAAAAACCUAUGAAAGGCAUGUUAACUGGACCAGUAACCAUGCUUCAAUGGUCUUUUGUUCGUGAUGACCAACCCCGCAAGGAUACCACAUUCCAAUUGGCUCUUGCCAUUCGUGAAGAAGUAAAAGAUCUUGAAGAUGCUGGCAUUUCUGUGAUUCAGAUUGAUGAACCUGCUAUACGUGAAGGAUUACCUCUCCGUAAGAAAGACUGGGAUGAAUAUCUCAAAUGGGCAGUUGACGCUUUCCUUCUUUCUAGUACCGGUGUUGAUGAUUCUACUCAAAUUCAUACCCAUAUGUGCUACUCGGACUUUAAUGACAUUUUUGAAGCAAUUCAACGUUUGGAUGCCGACGUAAUUACUAUUGAAAACUCUAGGUCAGACUUGAAACUUUUGAAUGCAUUUGAUAAACAUGGGUACACCAAUGAGAUCGGUCCAGGUCUCUACGAUGUCCAUUCUCCCCGUGUUCCUUCACAAGAAGAAUUGAAAGAUCGUCUGCAAGAAAUUCUCAAAUAUAUUGCCAAGAACCUCAUAUGGGUGAAUCCUGACUGUGGUUUAAAAACUCGUGGCUGGCCUGAGGUAAAAGCGGCAUUGAAAAAUAUGACUGAUGUUGCAAAGGAAUUCAAUAAAAUUGAAGCUGCUCAUUAA